UGGUAGUAGUAAUAAUAAGAAUGUUUUAUCAAUCCCAAUAGCAGCAACAAUAAAGCUAAUGAAUCAAUGGAAAGCUCAUCGAAUUGAGUCAAAGAAUAUUAAUACUAAUACCAAUUGUUGUGUUAAAACUGAAAACUUUCUUCAAUAUUAUCAUUCAACGCAUUCAACAUUAAACUUAUUUGAUUACAAUACAAUAAACAAAGGAUUGAAAAAAUACUGGAUUGAUAUUCCUUCUUUUGAGCAAUAUACGGUCGAUGAUGUUUUACAAGUUGCAGAAAAUCUAUUUGACAGAUUAGACGAUUCAGUAAAGACUACUAGUGUUUACAACAAUUAUAUAUUAAUGUAUAGUAAUGCUAUAAGAAUUGAUAAUGCUUAUUCGGUGUAUAACAAUAUGAUAAAAGAAAACAUCAAACCAGAUGUUUAUACUUAUUUAUCAUUGAUAAUUGGAUGUGCGAGUAAAUUAGAUUUAGAUCUUGCUUUCAUGACAAUAGACAAUUCAGUGAAUUCAAUUUAUAAUUCCAUAAGAAAAUCAUUAUGGUUAAAGGUUAUGGUACAUUUAUUAAUUGGUGUAAUGUGUGGUAAAUUGAUGGCAUUUAAUUGUUUUAUUUUUCUACCAGAAAUUGAUCAAAUAAUGGUCUUGGGAAUUGGAUCGACAACCUUCUUAAGCUUAAGGUUUGGAAUGGGUGCAAUAUUUAAAGAAAUUAUGCCGAAUUCUCAAUUAAAUAAUAACAAAUCAUCAACUAAAAUUGAUUUAGAUCUUAAAUUAAAUAAUUACAGAGUUGCUUUAAUGAAAUCGCAAGAUGUACGUAAACGUAUGUAUAUUUAUUUGCUUAGGAUAUUGUUAUAUAAAGAUCACUAUGAUGAAGCUUUAAUAGUAGUUCAUCAAAUGUCAAGUGAUGAAGUUCCAUUGGAUAAUGAAUCCUUCAAUGGAACUAUAGAAUGGUUAUGUAGUUAUAAAAAACCCCCAAAAACUAUCAUAAAGAUUAUUAAAAAAUUCCAUGAAAAUGGAGUCGAUCCUACAAUAAAAACUAUUGAAACAAUAAAUAACUAUUUUAAUGAAAAUUUAAGUGAUGAUGAUAUGAUAGAAUUACAAAACUUGAUAAAAUAA